AUGACGGCGACGCGUCCAUCUCCGCACCACUUCCACGACGACUCUUCCUUCGUGGACGGCGCCAUGCUCGUUGUCAAGCGGGAGAGCCUUCAGCCUUCCUUGGGGAUAGACCCAGUCUACGACUCGACAGAUCGCCGCCUCCUCCCAUCCGAAGACAUGGAGACGCUCAAGAGCACCUUCCAGGACUCCGAUGAAGAGGGAGGCUCCCAGCUGGGUCAGCUGUCGUCCAAGUACAAGCUGGUCGGCAGGCUGAUGCGAUCCAAGGCAAAGGAGUCUGCGGGACCGACCAGCUCCCCGUCGGCCUCCAAGCUGGGCAGGAAGAGAUCGACCUCGAGCGCAAGCGGCAGCAGCCGUCAUUCGACGCAUCAGCUGGAAGAGUCGAUCGCCGAGUUCUUUGGCACGCCCGCCAAGCCCAAGGCCCGCAACAAGUCGAUUGGCACGUCGAGCACCGAUUCGGCAUCGAGCGCCGGCAAGACUGAGCUCAAGAUCCUCGAAUCCGCCUUGGGCCUCGGCACCGGGCAGAGCAAGCGCAGCGCGGCUCGGUCCUCUUCAUCGACCGCCCGGUCGGCCAGCUCGUCGGCCGCCAACGCGUCCCUCACACUGGGCCGCGAAGACUUGGUCACGUCCAGGCGGGGGCACGAGUCGAUCUCGCUGCGGGACGACAGCAGUUCUCACAAGAGCCAGGACUCGUUCUCCUCCCUAAGGGGCGACAAGGAGUUUGGCAUGGUGGCGGGCUUCACCUACAGCCGGGCACAGCCCGGCAGCCUGCCGGCGUCGCGCCCGCAAUCGAGGAACGCCUUCUCGUCGGCCGCGUCCCCGCCGACGCGGAUGGUGCCGCCGCCGGCCGCGCACCCGCCAUCCUCUGCCAGAGCUUCGCCCAGUCUGCGCAACCUGCAUCUUCCCGGCAGCCGCUCUGCCUCACCCGCGCUCCGAUACGACGUGGCUCGGCGCCCAGGCCACCGUUUCGAGGAGAUCGGCAGCGCCGCCAGCGGUGCCGCGAGACUCUUUUCGGACGAUGCGAUCGCCCGAGUCAGUACUAGCAGCAGCAGCAACACCAGCAGCAACCUCGGCGGUGCCGCCGCAGCUCUGCCGUCCCGGGUGCGGCAGGCCUCCGAACAGGAUGCUCGUUCCGAGGGCUCGUCUUCGCCGAGCACGUCGAAUGCCGCCUUGGCCAUGCAGCGUCGCGGCCGCAAAGGUCCGGCUCCCUCGCCGCUUCCACCGCCAAGGCCGCCUCCAGCCAUGUCACUUCCGCCCGUGCCAUGCGCGGCGGGAACACUCAACCCCAGUCCCGAAGUCUGCGCAGAGCCGCGUGCCAUCAGCGCCUCAUCAAGAGACGAGCCCGGACCGGAGGUUGAGUCGAGGCACCAGGCAGAGGUAGCAAGGCAGACGUCGGCGUCUGUGGCAACGUCGAGCCUUUCCCUGCCUCCCUUCCGAGCCAUUGUCAUGGGCGUCAAAGUGGAACGCAGGGCGCACAUGUCCACAGCCUCGGCCUCCUCGCCGACGGUCCUCGUCGAACUCAACGUCGGCGGUCGCAGGUUCACCACGUCGACGGCCACGCUCUGCAGCCCCUCGUGCCGACAGGGCCGGCUGUCUUGCUUCAUCCAGGCAGAGAUUGACAAGGCACGGCUCUCAAACGAGGCUGUCUAUCCGGCGGCAGCGCGUGGCAGUAUCGAAGCGAGCAGCAGCAGCAGCAGCACCGGCACCGGCACCAGCAGCACCGGCGAUCCACGGGGCCUGGACAAGGAGGCGCUCCGUCGCGAACUGACACGGACGGCGUUCGACUCGUCCUCGUCCGAGUACGAGGGCCAGCAGUCGCCCAGCGAUAGCGACUACAGCUUCUAUGGAGGCAACUCGGCCGCCAUGGACAGCACCUCGUCGCCCGCCACGAUCCUGUCCGAGGCCGACGAGCACGACGAUGGCGCCAGCGAGCUGUCGUUCUGGCCCACGACCAAGAAGGGCACGGUGCGCUCCAUCACGGGCGCUUCGUCACCGGCCGAGCUCUGCACGCCUCCCCACUCUGCCGGGACGAGUCAGUCGGGCCUGCCCUACCUUGGCUCCGUCCACGCCGCGUCGUCCUCGAACCUGCACAACGACGAUGGCGGCGGCACCCUCACCCCUGACUCGACCGUGGGACUGCCCAGGUCCUCGAGGCUCAACGCCGCGAUCAACAGCCUGCUCAAAGAGCAAGAGGCCCUGGUUGGAGCCCUGCGCGAAGAGGCGAACCCCAGCCCGGGCCUCCUCAGCGUCAACGAGUGCGGCUCUUCCGGCAGCAGCCGACGCACCAGCAACACGGUGCAAUUCUGCCCCAGCGACGUCGGGGAGAGCGACAACGAGGACAGCUUCCCCUCGAUCAAGGAGCCCUCCGACGGCACGACAGCCACGGGAAGCGGCACACCCAGCGUCAAGACGCCGACGCCCUCGCCCAGCCAUCAGGCCGGCGGCGGCAAGACGACGUCGGCAGCCGCCUCGCGGCCGCCUGCAGCUGCCGGCCUCCGAAGGCGAUCCGAGACGGACCUGGAGCGGUCGACGUCGACGUCGUCGGUGGCGGCGCCUUCGACGAGCAGCAGCCGGCGAAAGGCACGCGCGGCGUUCAGCCUGCAGCAGGUGCCGCCGCGGCUGCCGGUGCCCACCACGCCCAUCCCGAGCCUGCCCGACGCCAUCGCCCGGCCGUCGCAUGCGCACGCGCACGCGCAGUCGCAGUCGCAGUCGCGCUCGGCCUCGCCCGCCACGCCGAUGCCGCUCUCGACGAGCGCGGUCGUGACUUCGCUCUCGAUCUUCCUCGACCGCAACCCCAAGUGCUACGGCGCGCUGAUCGACGCGCUGCGAGACGACCAGCUGCCCAGCGGCUACACAAUGUCGGCCGCCAGCCCCGACUUUGGCAUCGGCGACGACCUGUCGUGCCUCUCGGCCUCAUCCUCGUCCUGCUCGUCAUCCUCGUCGGCCGAGGAAUCGCGCCACCGCGACGCGAGAACGCGCGCGGCGACCAGGUUCCAGCUGAGCUCCGUCGACGGCGUCAAGCUCAAGAAGACGGCGACGAGGCUGGCCGAGCUGAAAAAGGAGGCCGCCUGGCUCGGAUACCGCUCCGUCGUCGAUAUGUGCGAGGCCGAGCAGAGGAAGGGCGCCAUGCGCGACCGCCCUCGUUGA